AUGUCAGAAGGGGCUUAUAAGGAAAUUAGGAGGAAAUCAGCUGAAGGGAGAAAGUUUCCAGCCAGUGGAUUGCUAUGUUUGUGGAAUAAGAAUGUAUAUGAGGUUAGCAGGGUGUAUAAUCAAAGCAGAUUUCAGGCGUUAUUAGGGAAGUUCAAGGUGUCUAAUGUGGAGUGUGUUAUUAUUAACGUGUACGAUCCUUCAGUAGAGGAAGAAAAGGAGGAGUUUUUUAGGCAGCUGUUGAGUUAUGUCCAUUCUGUUAAUCUGCCAGUUUGCAUCGAGGGAGACUUUAAUGCUUAUCUCGACCAAGAGGAGAAGAUUGACUGUCCAGAAAUUGCUUCCAAAUCACUCUCUAAUCACAAUCCGGUGCUAUUGGUAGAAGAUGGGAAAAAUUGGGGCCCUAAACAUUUUCGGCUUUUUAAUUAUAUGCUGGAGGAAAAUGGUUUUGUAGACAUGGUUCAUAAUGUAAUGACUGAUCGGGUUAAAGAUAGAGGGGGAAGAGGAAUUUACAGUUUAUUACAAGGAACUAAAAAACGUAUCAAGGAGUGGCCAAUCAGAAAUAAACAGGGGAUUUCAGAAGCUAUCACAGGGUUGGAGAGCAAAAUAAAUGAUUUGGAAGUUAAGGCGCAAGGCAGUGGACUUUCUACUUAUGACUAG